GCAGUGCUUUGUACUUGUUGAGCUUCACCAGUUAUUAACCUCAGUCACUCUGUUUCUAAUUCCUAAAUUCCAUCACCUACGAUAUUGAGGGCAGAGAAUCAUCAGAAGGGAUUAGAGAGAGAAAGAAAGGCGGGGAGGAGAGAGAGGGGGAGGAAGAGAGGAGAGGGAGAGAGAGGAGGAGACAAAGAGGGAGAGAGAGAGAGAGAGAGAGAGGAGAAGAGAGGGAGAUAGAUAGAGAGAUGAAAGUAGUUGGAUUAAUUAGCGGCGGCAAAGAUAGCUGCUUUGCUAUGAUGAAAUGCGUUCAAUACGGUCAUGAGAUUGUUGCUUUGGCCAAUUUGAUGCCUGCUGAUGAUUCUGUCGACGAACUCGAUAGCUACAUGUAUCAAACUGUUGGGCAUCAAAUAGUUGUCAGCUAUUCUAAAUGCAUGGGAGUCCCUUUAUUUCGAAGAAAAAUUCAGGGAUCCACAAGGCAUCAUGAGCUUAGCUACAAUAUGACUGUCGGUGAUGAGGUAGAAGAUAUGUUUAUCUUGUUAAAGGAAGUUAAGCAUCAGAUACCGUCUAUAACAGGAGUGUCCUCAGGUGCUAUUGCUUCUGAUUAUCAAAGGCUAAGGGUGGAAAGUGUAUGUUCACGGUUAGGACUCAUUUCUUUGGCAUAUUUAUGGAAGGAAGAUCAGUCCUUGCUUCUUCAAGAGAUGAUAAAAGCUGGGAUUGUUGCUAUUACUGUAAAGGUUGCAGCCAUCGGAUUGAAUCCGUCAAAGCACUUGGGCAAAGAACUGUCAGAGCUAAGCUCCCAUCUACAUAAGUUAAAAGAGUUGUAUGGCAUAAAUGUAUGUGGUGAAGGAGGGGAGUAUGAAACACUAACACUUGACUGUCCCCUCUUUAAAAAUGCUAGGCUGUUGCUAGAUGAAUAUCAAAUUGUAUUGCACUCUUCAGAUUCCAUAGCUCCUGUUGGGAUCCUUCACCCUUCAGGAUUUCAUGUGGAACAGAAGUUAAAAGGAGAACAAGUAAAUGAGUCAGAGGGCUAUAACAGAGCCAAUGGUGUCUCUCCCGAGUCAGUGGAUUCAGUAUACGAGGUUCAAGGAGACUGCACACAAAGUUCGGAUGCUGACUGUAGAGUUACUGAUAAGAUCUUUGAUUCUGUUACACAAGAGCAUCGUACAUUCAAUAUAUCAGAAAUGGUAAAUGAUAAUAUGCACUCAAUUUCAUGCUCGCUGCAAAACUUGCACGGAACGUUAGGAGAUUUGCAAGAGGAUUUGAAAAUUGUUCUAAUGAGAAUCGAAUCACAACUUGUGCAAAUCGGUUGCUCAUGGAACGAGGUACUCUAUAUACAUAUGUACAUUGAUGAUAUGGAUAAUUUCUCAGUUGCAAAUGAAACAUAUGUUAAAUUCAUUACCCAAGAGAAAUGUGUCUCUGGUGUACCAUCACGGAGUACAGUUGAAUUGCCUUUGUCACAAGUUGGUUUGGGGGCAGCCUACGUUGAAGUUCUGGUAGCAAAAAAUCAAUGCAAAAAGGUUUUGCAUGUGCAAAGCAUAUCCUGCUGGGCUCCCAGUUGCAUAGGACCCUAUAGUCAGGCAACCUUGCACAAGGAGAUUCUUUACAUGGCUGGGCAAUUGGGGCUUGACCCACCUACAAUGUUAAUCUGUGAGGGAGGGGCUACUGCUGAGCUUGGAAAAGCACUGGAAAACAGUGAAGCGGUAGCAAAUUGCUUUACUUCUUCAAUAAUUACCUCUGCCAUUCUCUUCACCAUCUACUGUUCAACAGCUAUACCUACAUCAGAUAGAAUCAAAAUACAAGAAAAGCUGGAUAUGGACCUCAAUCGGAUGAAGUUACACAACUUAAAUACUGGCAAGUUAUGUACAGUGAUGAAUCCCAUUUUUUUGUUUGUCCUUGUACCUGAUCUGCCGAAAAGAGCCUUUGUGGAAGUGAAGCCUAUGCUUUAUGUUGCUGAUAGUGCUGAACCUGAGGAAGUUGUGACUGAUGAAAUCGUACCAGAUGACAUCUCAUUAGAAGUGACUCAAAAUUAUUGGGGAUUUCAGAAUAAUGAUUGGCAUGACUUUGGCAUUCAGAAUUGUAUUGUUCCUGGGAAAAUAUGUGCAGUUGUUCUCUCUGUUACUGAUGAACUCGUUGUGAAGAUAUGUUCCAGCAGUGCUACAGAUGCUGUUCAUGAUGGCAUAGGCCAGCAAUGUUGUAUCAGUGUGCGACAGCUGGAAAUAAUUGCAAGGUUUUGCCUUUAUCGUCUCGAUAAAACUCUUUUGAUGAACCAUUUCUCUUGGGACGAUGUAAUGUAUUUGAGGCUAUAUUUUCCCACAAGCCUCAAUAUGUCCCAUGAUAUUUUAUCACAAGUCUUCAUGGGUGCAUUUAAUGAGCUUGCAGAAUCAAGUCCAAGGAUUAACAUCAAGGAGAAGCCCAUUUUUAGCUUGGUCCCCGUCUUAGGAGCGGGAAAGUCCGCUGUUUCUCUUGAUGAUGUUUGUACCUGUGAGCUUUUUGCUCGUAAACCUUAAUCAUCUCACCAUUGGUGUCGUCCUAUCUACAUUAGUAAAAUCUGGGAAAUUCGCCACAAUAGAACUAGUAAAAUAUCACUACAGAUAGAGAGCAGAAGUUGUUAUGUAUACAAUAAUUUAAUUGUUGUAAGUUUGCUGUAUUUGGUUUCAGAUCAGUUUUAUGUGCGUCUAAGACCGAAUCUGAAUAUCUGAUCCAAAUAUGAAAAUGUACUUUAAUUGA